AUGUUCCCCGGUGUCUACCUGCACUGCGACUGGCUGUUGCUGCUGUUGUGUAUUGGGAUCCGGUUGAGUAGUAUCGAGAUCUUGAUCCUCAUAAGGCACGAUGUCGGGAAGAUACGCUGUUGCACGCACUUGACGCAUUCCGUGGAAGAAAUUGGGUUCUGUAUCAUAGCCAUCGUGCUCUUGCCCCGGGAUCUCCGCCUGCAUAACGGUGCAUACACCAAGAAUACGGUCAUUCUGCUCAGCGAGCACACUACAUUAUUCGUCGAUGGCGUCCAUCAUGUAUUGGUGAGCUUCGAGGGCUUCAUCAGGUUUACCUGCCGAAAGGAAUGCCUGGCACCGUUUCUGGUGAGUAGUGAGACACAAAGACUCGAGAUCCCAGCCGAAGAGCUGGACAAAGCACUCACACGGUCAAUUCCUCGUAUACUUCAUGAAUGUAUUUCGUUGAGAGCGUGCCUGAGUUAACAGCGACAGUGAAAUGGUGAGCAGCUUCGUCAUGACGCGCGUCAUCCAAGGCUUUUAUUCCCAGCUGAACGCGUAGAUAUGUUUCCACGACGCGACACGCGAGAGGAUCGGUAUUCGGACAAGCGGCAGCCAGCUCUUUGAUGAGUAACAUUGCUUCACCUUGAUCAAGAUAAGAAAA